GUUCCUCUCGCACUGACCCUACUAUUUGGCUCUGAAGCAAAGAUGUCGAUAAACUACUCAUUCUGUGAGCCUGAUUGUCCUGGCUACGAUGAUAAAGUUUUCGGAUUCAAUGCCUUCCGAGAUAAACCAGUGUCGCCAAAUUAUCCUCCACACCCAACUGCCGUUACCUAUGAUGUUACUCUAGCCGGUUUGAUUUUCGCUGCCGUUAUUCUCUUUGUGAGCUUCUUGUUUAUAAUGCCAGGGAUACGUGGUAUACAUAGAUUGUGGGCCUUUAUCCGUGUGACAGUCAGUUUGUUUAUCGGACUUACAAUUCUACUGUGUCUGUAUGGUGUUGACUGGGAACACGGUGAAGUCUAUGUUGAACAUCUGCCUUAUAAGGCUUUCACUAGACACGAGAUAAAUGCAACAGUCGGUUUACACAUUGGAUUGAAAGAAAUCAACAUCACUCUCACAGGAGACCCGAUUGGACAAUCACUUGAGGUAAAUCAAACAGAAAACAUAAAUUACAAUGAGCAAUACACCUUUUGCUGUGGACAAGGAAGAACCGGAUUUGGACCGUUCGCGGGAAGAAUAAAUCGAGAGUUCCGUGCAGCUCAGUGGCGUGGAACGCCUCUGCCAAUACUUUGGGUAUUGGAAUACUUCACUUUAGAUGGUGAAAACAUUCGUUGGGGAAGAGCAUACAGAUUGACAGGAUGGUACACAAAUAUAAUGCUCUGGACUGCUUUUCCCCUGUGGCUGUUGAGUAACAUCUUAAUGUUUAUGGUGAUACGCUAUGGUGCGUACUUACUGUCGUUGACCGGAGGAUGCAUGUUGACCGGAAACAUAAUUUUUGCAACGUUACGGAACACAUUAGGUGCUGAAGAAGACUUUCACUGGAUACCACUGGAGAUACCACUUAAUGAUGAGUCCAAAUUGGUUCUGAAGUAUGGUUGGUGUUUCUGGAUGAACAUGAGCGUAGGUUUGAUAUGCGUUGUUCUUGCAUUUGUUAUUUAUGCAAUGGAUGCUUUAUAUCCACUUGGAACCGCUUCUUUCUUUGAUGUUGAUCCUUUGCAAGAUUUUGAAGAACAGUAUAUUCCAGUUGAUUCAGUGAAUGAAAAGAGACCGGUGUCGUUCUAUGCUGGAAAGAGUGACGGGUCUGUACCGCCGUCUGUGGACUUGGGAUACGACGACCAACCACUAUACGAAAAUGCCGGACAAGAGAAAUUGGUUUUCAAGACUAAACGAAAGACUUUGUUCGCCAAGAACCGGAGCCGCAAAGGCCCACUAUCAAGACCACGUGAUAGUCUUGGCGAAACAGCAAAAUACGAAGAGUCUCUGAUGGAAGGUCAAAAUAUGGAGAUGGAUACAACUAAAUUGACAGAAGAAUAAAUUAAAUGUUAUUGCUCCUCUGUUUCUGUCUAUUUAGGAUAUGUUUGUAGUUUAGGGCCUUUAUUCUGGCCAAGUCCUUAACACUCGCAUAAUAUUCAUUUUUUAAAUGUUCGAUAUAUAUAUAUAUAUAUAUAUAUAUAUAUAUAUAUGCCUUUGGCUAUACUUAUAUAAUUAGUAAAGACUGGACACAAGUACGAUACGAAGUUUGAAGCUGCUGUUGUUGCAACCAUUAAAUAAUAACUGGUUAUUUUUCAUUGGUAUAUCCAUGGUAUAUCGGAGAUCUAAUCCAGACAAGGGAUUUGUUUUAAAUAAAUGAUAUAGGCCAUCACAAUUUGGAGAUAUUGUGAGCUAAGCGCACACAAUAAAUGUAACCAAUAAAAUCAGUGUUGCUGCAUAUUACAUAAUGUAAUUGUGUUCUAAUAUGGUACCUGCCCUCAAUAUCAACUUCUGUAGUGACGUUCGACUUCAUGUACACGUAAAUGCUGCAGAAAGAGUUAAGCAACAACCUAACCAAGGAUGUACGCUCCAGGGGGUGGGGGAUUUAAGGAGGGGCCCUGGGCCGGCCUCCACCGAGGGGAAAAAGAAAUUAUUGAUCUCCCAAAAUCUCCUAAAACAAACAAUUCCCCAAUUCCACUGGACCUCAAAUAAUAGGGUGAGCCUUAAGUUACAAUAAUCAGUAAUUAAAGGAAAAGUACUUAGAGAAUAGAUGAAUCAGGAUUUCGUGUGAACAUUACAUUCACCUAAAGAAUUGUAUUGCGUACACGAAAGCCUGUCUUCAACUACAGUGGUCAUACGUGCUCAUUUGGCUUUGCUUACUGCCCUUUUACAACGAACAAGUUACCACACAUAUCAAUACAACGUAUGGUACUCUGAUAUCUAUAAUGAAUAUUUUAAAAUUCAAAUUAAUUAUAUUCAACUUCUCUAUAGCAGCAACAUUGCUGAUUUACAAGAAAUUGCAAUUUUUACAAUAUGUAAACAUUAGAUAACACUUUACCUAAAACCUAAAGUAUUUAAAACAAGAACCAAUUAAAAAAUAUAUGUAGAAAUUGAGCAAAAAUGUUUAGCAAUAUAAGUAGUAAGUGAAAAGAAAAAAAUAAAACGAAAACAAAGGUAAAAGUUUUAAAACAUAUAAUAUUACAUAUAAGUAUUUUAAUAAGUGUUUUAAGACUUUCGUUUCAAUUAGAAUUUUGGAUUGUACCGGUAAUAUUUUGUGCCGCAUUAGUAAUUCAGGUUUUGUCAACCUAA